GCUAGUUACAUUACUUUUGAGUUGCCAGCCCGCUGGCUUCGUCUCUUCGGCGAUUUAACGCUAAUGGCAUUCGAACCUCCGGUUGACCUCCAUGAACGCACGGUCGUUAGUGACUUUUGUCAUCUUCUCGAAAAAUCCAAGCAACUUUUUAAUGGCUUAAGAGAUCUCCCACAGUACGGGCAUAAACAAUGGCAAGCGUAUUUUUCCAGAACAUUUGAUGUGUACACGAAGCUUUGGAAAUACCAGCAGACCCAUCGUCAAAUACUGGAUGAAGUGUACGGAUUAAAGCGCUGGCAGAUUGGAGAAAUCGCAUCUAAAAUUGGCCAACUUUAUUACCACUACUAUCUUCGCACAAGUGAAACAUAUUACCUCAAUGAAUCAUUUUCUUUUUUUGAUGCUAUUCGGAACCGUGAUUAUUAUUCUCGUGCCACUAAAGAAGAUAGACCAGAUUUGAUGGUCAAAAAAUUACGUUAUUAUGCUAGAUUUAUUGUAGUGUGCUUGCUUCUUAAAAAAAUGAAGCAUGCCAGAGAUCUUGUUCGGGAAUUUGCUAAACAAAUUGACGAUUAUACUGCCGUUUACGACCCAGAAGAUCAUUUAGAAUGGACUAUGGUAGUUCAAGAAAUCAGAGAUUUUAUUGAGGCUGAUUCUAUUUGUCCGGUCCUGGAUUCAGACAAUAUGCCCAUAGUAGUAACUCAUCGCAUGAAUAUGGGUAGUUGUCCAAGUAUUGAAAAAGCCAUGUCUUCUGAUCUGCAUUUAUCUGAAAUAAUCAUCGUUGGAAAUUGUUACGAACAAACAAGAUUUAGCGAGCUGACUCUGGACAUGUUUCGAAUGCUCCAGACCCUGGAAAGGGAUCCCCAAGACAGUGUUGUUAGUGCGCUGAAUAAUCUCCCGGGUGCUGCAAAGCAAGAUAACGCCAAUGUUCUUGAAAAUGGAGGCGCCAAAUGUGUUAUUGGAACUCCUUUAGAUCAUCCACUCUCUAAUAUCAUCCAGGAUGGCUCGCCUGUCAAACUCAAUAAUCCUCAUAAAUACCUGUUAUACAAACCCACCUUCUCUCUUUUUAAUUCCUAUCUUGCAUCCGGAUUUAAGGACCUGCCAGUUAAUGGUGCUCUUCUAUUGUACAUAUCUGCUGAUGGAAUACCAAUGAGCACAAAACAGUUGGACGAUCGUAAGCAAUAA